GCUAAGCAUAGGGAUUGAGAGAUAGAGAGAAAGACAGAGGUAAGGAACAAGUAAGAGGAGAGCAGCAGUUCUCCAAGCAAGAUGCAUGGAACUACAUCCUGGAGCAACUGAAUUCCCUACCCCUCCUGACAGAUGAGGAAGCGCUCCGAGAAAGCAUCACUCUGUGUAGCAUGUGCUUUAUCACUCCACCUGGCAUGGCUCCACACAAACUGGGAAAAAUAUGGGCUACCAGGUCACUAAUUCUUAUGGCAGCACCGAGAGCAUCCAGAGUGUGCAACUACUGAGAAUGGAGCUCCUGUUUUGUAUAAACAAAUAUAUACCACGCAAUGCACAGCGAGCCCAAAUCUACUGGCCACACUACCUCCUUCCCUCUGGAAACCUGUGACCUUGUUGUGAUUUCUGUGUACCUCUGUCUAUUUGCCUGGUCUCCUGGCCACCGUAGGAGGGAUUGUGAUUAUUCUGUUGGAAUACAAGGGGCCGCAGAGUCUGCAGGUGAACGAAACAAGUUGUGUUCUAUCGGCGAGUAGAGAAUGUCAGUCCUGACCUAAGGGAGAUGCACUUCUGCUUGUAGUCCUGGAAUAGACUGAAAAGAGUGGGCACUUACGAGGAUGGGACAUGGCACUGGCUCUGAACGAUUUUGCAAGAUCUGUUUGGCCAACACAAAAGGACAAAAGGCUAAAGACGAGCCUGAAUACAACACAGCUUUCGUGUCAGGACCACGUCGCUAUUACAAUGCACAACCCCUUCCCACGCUCUGAGAAGGGAGAACAGAGAGCGUCUCCAUCUCCCACACCCUCCCACAAAAAUCUGAGGAUGCGAUGGAGUGAGUUAUGACCUGUUUGGAUGGUGUUUAAUCAACCCCACCGAGAGGAAACUGGGGUGUCCUCCCUUGUUUGGUCUGUGCCAUGCUGGGUCCGAGGACAGCCUUAGCUGGUACACUGGUUUGAUUUUAGCUCAUUUCAAAUCACUUCUUUCAUAAAAAACAAAAUCAACAACUCACAAAGCCCACAACGGAGUAGGUGCAAAACGGAAAGUGCCGAGUGGCCAAAGGACACUGCUGAGAAUAAAAGGCAUUGGAGCAUGUUUAGCGCCCAUGAAAUCCUGCCAACAUAUCAGCGCUUUGGUCGCAACUGCUACACAAGCUUCGAACGAGGACAGUGAACACAAGGGAGGGGAGAAUGCAUACCCCUCCUGUGCUGGGAUUUCAAGCCAUCAUGAGCAACAUCACUGUCCUCGAUAACGUUGAACCCCUUGACUUCGAUAUGGACUUGGACGUUCCUUACCCUGUAAGCUUCCAGGUGUCUUUGACAGGGUUCCUCAUGCUAGAGAUCGUGCUGGGUCUUAGCAGCAACCUGACUGUGUUGGCUCUCUAUUGCAUGAAGUCUAACCUGGUGAGCUCCGUCAGCAACAUUGUAACCAUGAACCUGCAUGUGUUGGACGUGCUGGUGUGCGUGGGAUGCAUCCCACUGACAAUUGUUGUGGUGCUGUUGCCACUAGAGGGCAAUAGUCCACUAAUUUGCUGCUUCCAUGAGGCUUGUGUAUCCUUUGCUAGUGUGGCUACUGCUGCCAAUGUCCUGGCUAUCACUCUAGACCGCUACGACAUCUCAGUACGGCCCGCAAAUCGAGUUCUAACAAUGGGAAGAGCAGUGGCCCUAUUGGGAUCCAUUUGGGUGCUAUCCUUCCUUAGCUUUCUGGUGCCCUUCAUAGAAGAAGGUUUCUUCAGCCAGGCUGGUAAUGAAAGGAAUCAAACACAAGGUGAAGAACCUUCAAACCAAUACUUCACUGAACUGGGCCUCUACUAUCACUUGCUGGCACAGAUCCCAAUCUUCUUCUUUACCGCCGUGGUGAUGUUGGUUACCUACUACAAGAUUCUACAGGCGCUUAACAUCCGCAUUGGUACUCGUUUCCAUGCAGUGCCCAAGAAGCAAAGAAAGAAAAAGACCAUCUCCAUGACUUCCACCCAGCCAGAGUCCACUGAUGCCUCGCAGAGCAGUGCCAGCCGCAAUCCACCUUUGGCCAUGCGUACCUCGGUGUCCGUGAUCAUCGCCCUUCGUAGGGCAGUCAAACGGCACAGGGAACGCCGUGAGCGACAAAAGAGGGUUUUCCGCAUGUCCCUUUUAAUCAUCUCCACCUUCCUGCUUUGCUGGACACCCAUCUCCGUGCUCAACACAGUCAUCUUAAGUGCUGGGCCGAGCAACUUCACUGUGCGCCUCAGACUGGGCUUCCUGGUCAUGGCCUACGGAACUACCAUUUUUCACCCGCUGCUCUACGCCUUCACCCGGCAGAAAUUUCAGAAGGUUCUCAAGAGCAAAAUGAAGAAGCGAGUCGUAUCAGUUGUGGAGGCUGACCCUAUGCCUAAUAACGUGGUCAUCCACAACUCAUGGAUUGACCCAAAAAGGAACAAAAAGGUGACUUUUGAGGAGACGGAGGUCAGGCAAAAAUGUCUCUCAUCGGAGGAUGUGGAAUGAGCUACUGAGACAAUGUAAAGCAAAUAUCCUUAUCAGGUACAAAAGCAUUAAAAAGGAAAACCACUAAUCCAAAGCAGUAAUGAACUUGAAGUGUAUUAAUUGUACAGUACCGUAAGCUGAAUAAUUUAUGACUAUUUAUUGUGAUGGAGAGUAGGUGUCAUAGACGUGUAAAUACUGCAUGUGCUUAGUUGAAGUAGUCAUGGACUACUCCGUACAUACCAGAGUAAAGUAUAAACCACAAAUGUACAGACAUAGAUACUGAUGCUCUUGGUUUUGUUUAUUUGUAUUAAAUGCCCCAAAACAGCUGAAGGGCUCUUUUGUUAUCAAGAUGAAACCCUACUAAGAAUUGAACACAGGACCACAUUACAGAAGUAAAGAUUGGUUAAAUGUCUUUGUUUUCCUUUAUGAGUUUUAAUAUAAGAUCACCGCUGUUUAGAAUUCAAGCUAUGGGUCUCAUUAAGUGGAUAUCCACUAGUUGCACUUUGCCCCCAGAUCAGAGAGUACAGAACAGCUAUAUUACAACUCAGGUCAACAUGGGUGGACUUGCCAAGUAAAAACAUGGACUGCUUCCUUUCAAAAUCACCCCCCAAGCCAACUGGAAUGAAAAUAAUCCCUUUUUAUAGGGACGUGGGUAUGGAGCAUAUUGUCCAAUAAAGGUGCUGGGGUUUGAAGUGGCUGGCAAGUGCCAAUGAGAGGGUGUUGAUACUAAAUACUUGACCUUGUGAGACCCAUUAAACUGAUGGUGUUUGAUUGUGAAGGCUGAAUUAGAGGGUGAUAAUUGUCUCUUUUGGCAGGCUAUGAAAAAUAAAUCACCCCUUGUAUUCGAACAACGGAAGAUCAAAUACUGAUUAGAGUCAUGCGACUGCAUGCACUGUUUAAAAACAGGUUGACUCCCAAUUGAGUUACCAUGCUCAAAUUCAUGAACA